GGUUGUUAGAUGACGUUUUGGAAUAUGUGAGGGUCGAGGGGUCCGCACAAUUUGGCUCAAUUUCGAUGGGCCUUGUAACCCACAUGCUCCUACCGUGUAGGACACCGCUCUGUACUCAAACUUGCGAGGCACUUGUAAGCGGCAUUGUUCCGUGCAGCAUUCCUGGCGACACAACAUGUUAAUGCGUCAUGGCUCCUGUGGGUUACAGCUAGUCUUAUUUCCUAUUUCCUUGGUCGCUACGCUUCGAGGACCACGGGCGUCAACGCCAAAGCGGUACAGUUGUUCACCACGAGUUCGGUGACAGGCAGCAGUGCUUGCGAUGGAGGGCAGCAGUCCAACCCUGCAGCUACCACUCAGGACGACUGUCGUCCGAGGAAGGAUCUUGCCAUAUCCGAGGAUCGGCUGGGACAGAGGCAACAUCGAAUGACACAUGGUUUGCGUUUAAUGGGAUGCGCGCAAACGAAGUUUGUGCCGUACAACGCACGAGCGGUUCGUCAAGUGAUGAGUACGUGCAACAGACUCGGACACGGAGCCACAGCCUUGAAAGUAUUCGAUCUGAUGUUGGAUAGGGGUGCCGUUCCAAAUACACAUGCCAUUGCCAAGCUUGUGUCCGACAAAUUCUUAAAUCUCGUCGCUGGCACCCUCAAUGACAAACGCAUUUGGGAAGACGGGCCGUGACUUAUUGUUUAAUGGAAGCUCAUGGGCUUUCAUCGCCGGCUGUCACCCGGAAUCGCUUGUUUCUUGCAUGCGGCAAUCUCCGUCCCGAUAGCAUAUUGCGGUGCUUUGUAACGGUUUUGCACGGUGGUGGUAUUCUCAGCAUUCGGGCAUACCGUAACAUCGUGGUGGCCCACCAGUGGUCGGAUCCAGCAUUCGCGUUAAAGGUGUUCAACGAGAUGGAGUGGCUGGGAUAUAAAGCCGACAAGGCGGCGUCAGUCUUGGUUGCUUGUUGCCAGCUUGGUAUGCACGAAGAAGUUCAGCAGUUGUUCAUGCAGAUGGCAAGCCGUGCGCUGGAACCCAAUGCAAAGUCUUCUGGGAUCAUGGUCAACUCGUACUCAUCCAACAACGAACCCGAGAAGGAUCUCGCACUUUUCGCGACGAUGCGCAACAGGUGCUUCAAGCCCGAUCGUUUUGCCUACCACCAUGGGAUCCUCUCCUGCAUCGCGCUCCGGCGCAUUCAGUACGGCGUUGAAUUGUACGAGGAUGCGGUUACGGCAAAUAUGGCCCUCUGCGUUUCCACGUGCGUCGUUCUGAGGUCAGAGUGCCAGAAGUUUGGUCGUCAUCGGUUGGCUGACAAGAUCAUGGCAGACAUGGCACGCUCGAGAGCAAUAAAUGCCGAGCAGGGGCCUGCCUCGCACGCAUUGUGAGGUCGAAUGCGCCAUUGCCGGCGAGUGUCCCAGGAAUGCGCGGCAAGUUGUGUGUUGCAAUCUGGUAUGGUUGCCCCAUUGGCAUGGCGUCGUUUAGUGUGCCGUUGAUAGCUGAUUUCUUCGUAAUGCACGCUGUACAUCGCGGAGCGGAAGCACCCCGGAAUGGUGGCCAGGGAGUUUUCAACAUGUUUGUUGAUUUCUUGUUUGCCCGUAGUGGUGGCAACCCUUCCCCCCAACGUUUCUUCUUGUCAUUCUCACAUUCCUCCUCGGCACUCUCCUUGCCGUGCUACGUCUGGGACCAUGGGCUGCUCAAUUGCUCCUUCGACGCCAUUCGCCCUCGGGGACAGUGGCUAACUGUUGCUAUCUGUGUGAGGCGCACUGCACCGACAUCGUGAGCCUGGUCCGGUUGCUGCUCGAUCGGUGAGAAAAGGCGCUCCAGCAAAUGCAGGCAUCAAGUCUCAGCUGUGCCGCAUCGAGGAUGGCCGCUGUCUGAACUUUUUGUUCUCUCCCUCCUGAGGUGCGCACACCUACGCGGCGCCGAGCUGUCUUGCUUUCUCAGAGUUCGCGCCGAGGGAGAUCGUGGUGCAAGCGUUCGAUUCCGAAGCCGAGCUGCCGCGUGUCCACGCUUUUGGAGAGAGAGAGAGAGAGA